AUGGAUGGUUCUACCUUUAGCAAAGGGGACAUAUAUAUGAUACUUAAUUUAGAAAUGAAACCAGAAAUUGGUGUAGGAAAAUGCUGUUCCUAUAAUCAAGUACUUCUAAUAUUGAUUGAUAAUAUCUACAGCUUGAUUACCAUGACCACACAUUGGGUUUCUGGCGUAAUUUACGGUGAAAGGGUCUUAUGUACCUCUCUGGUACCAAUACUCCCGCUAUUUUAUCUCCUACAUUACAGAUACUCUAUGGAACGCUUAGCUCGAAUGUUUAGUGUCUUCAAAAAGGCAUUAUAUUCAUUGGAUAAGGAGAUUAUAGUGGAAUUUAUGGAAGAUGAUUAUGAAAUAUUAAUUUCGCAUGAACUUGUCGCUGUCAAAAAAGAAGAAAACAGAGAUACCGAUAAAAGCAUCCAAGUAGAUAUUUGGGCUGGUAGAAUUCAACAAGAUACAACCAUUUGUCCGUCAAAUCUUAAUCCUGAAUUUAUGAGGUACCAAGAUGCUUGUUCUGGGCACAAGAUUCGGCGAGAAACGAUAUCUUUAUGA